AUGGCGGCUGCUUUGCAAUCACUUCUUCCCAAGCUUGGUCUCUCUAAAAAGGCUCUGCUCCUUGGGGCUGGGUUUGUCACCGAACCUACUGUCCAGAUUCUCUCCGACACUGGUGUCGAUGUCACAGUUGCUUGCCGAACUCUCGAGUCUGCCCAAGGGCUUGCUGCUGGUUUUGGCAACGUUCAUCCUAUCUCUCUUGAUGUCUCAGACACAGAAGCUCUUGACGCCGCAGUAGCAAAGAGGAAGUCCACAAAGCUGGCGGCAAGAUCACUUCUUUCCUAUCUUAUUGUGGUGGACGUUCCAGCCCCAGAAGCGUCGGACAACCCACUGGGCUAUAAGUUUCCCUGGUCAAGUCGUAGUGUCCUUCUAGCACUACGGAAUGACGCGAAGUACUAUCAGGAUGGGAAGGUCGAGGAAAUACCAGGUCCAGAAUUGAUGGGUACAUCAAAGCCGUAUCUUAUCUAUCCUGAAUUCGCCUUUGUUGCAUAUCCGAACAAAGACUCAACAUCAUUCAAGGAGCGAUAUGAUAUUCCAGAGGCGCAAACACUCAUUCGAGGUACGCUCAGGUACCAAGGCUUUCCGGAAUUCGUGCGCGUGCUAGUUGAUAUUGGCUUUCUAUCCGAAGAGAAGCAUGACUUUCUGCAGCCAAGUGACAACCCUCUGUCAUGGGCAGAAGCGACGAAGCAGAUCCUGAAGGCAUCUAGCGCGAAAGAGCCGGAUUUGACAUGGGCUAUUUCUUCGAAGACGAAGUUCAUGGACAACUCGGAAAGGGAUCGAAUACUUGCCGGUCUUCGCUGGAUCGGACUUUUCUCCAACGAAGCAAUCCAGCCCAAGGGAACCCCACUUGACACUUUAUGCGCGAGGCUGGAACAAAAAAUGCAGUAUGAGAAGGGCGAGAGGGAUAUGGUGAUGCUUCAGCACAAAUUUGGUACUGAGCAUAAGGACGGCAGCAAAGAGACCAGGACUUCCAAACUAUGUGAUUAUGGUGAUCCGAAAGGUUAUAGCUCGAUGGCUAGGCUGGUUGGAGUUCCUUGUGGUGUUGCUUGCCUGAUGGUCCUGGAUGGCAGGAUAUCUGAGAGAGGCAUCCUUGCUCCGGUGAAAUGGAGUCUUGCAGAGCCCCUCCUUAAGGAGUCGAAGGAGAAAUGGGGCAUUGAGAUGGUGGAGAAGACAGUGGCAUGA